AUGGGUGCACUAAAGAACGGCGUGAGUAGCAGCAGAUCACAUCGGAGAGAGAGAUCAGCACAACACGAGGCAUCCGGUGAACCUAGAAAAACGGACAGCAAAAACUUGUGGACAUAUAGUGAACGAACGCUGGAGGCUCAGGAUACUUGGAAGACAAGUGACAGUCCGGAUAAUGAAAAGACACUGGAAAAUAGUGUGGAUUUGCAAACCUCUCUUCUUGUUCCUGUGGAACAUUUUGGUGAUUUUGAUGCUUUUGACACUGGUGAAUCAGUUUUCUCUGGCUUAAGCAGUAACACCGUUUUGCGGUCUCAUCCGAACCUGGAAGCACAGGAUGUCCUACUAAAUGAAACUUCAGAUUCGAAUCCCACUCUACCUAUUCCAAACAGGCCUUCUGAUGACUCAAGUUCCUCAUGCCUCCACCAAGAAACCAUGAAUGACGAAUUAUCAAGUGAUGAUGUGCUAUCCAGACAUGCCACUGCUAUUGUGAUGACUGCUAGAGAGAAACAUCAUCUCUCACAGAGUGGUGUGAAUGAUGUUGUGGCUGAGGUUCAGGCGUAUCAAGCUCAGUUACUGGGACUCAGCUACAAACAGUAUUCAACAGACAUGCAGGAAGUGAACUUCAGCGAGAAGCUUUGGGACUCUUUGACUCCUUUAAAGAUCCAUUUGCUGCAGUUUCAACAUCAUAUAGACAGGACAGUGUCAUAA